UCUCUCUCUCUCUCUCUCUGCCUUUUCUUCGUUUUUAUCUCCUCGAUUCGCUUAAUCUUGCUCUCUCUCUCUCUCUCUCUCUCUCUCUAUAAAGGUUUCUGUCACUUUCUUGGGAAAAUUUCACUUUCUUUAGUUUUGGUUAGAAAUGACGUCGAUUCUGGUGACCGGCGGGGCGGGGUUUAUUGGCUCCCACACGGUGGUUCAGCUGCUCAACGAGGGGUUUAGGGUUUCGAUCAUCGACAAUCUCGACAAUUCGGUUAUGGAAGCGGUCUAUAGGGUUAGGGACCUGGUGGGGCCCUUGCUCUCUCAGAAUCUCGAAUUCCAUCUGGGUGAUCUUAGGAAUAAGGAGGACUUGGAGAAGCUCUUUUCUGAGACUCAAUUUGAUGCUGUGAUCCAUUUUGCUGGUCUGAAAGCUGUUGGGGAGAGCGUUGCGCACCCUCGCCGCUAUUUCGAUAACAAUUUGAUUGGCACUAUCAAUCUUUAUGAGGUUAUGGCGAAAUAUAAUUGCAAAAAGAUGGUUUUCUCGUCAUCUGCAACUGUUUAUGGUCAACCCGAAAAAAUACCUUGUGUUGAGGAUUUCAAGUUGCAAGCAAUGAAUCCCUAUGGACGAACAAAGCUUUUCCUUGAAGAAAUUGCUCGUGAUGUCCAGAAGGCAGAGCCAGAUUGGAGAAUUAUAUUACUAAGGUACUUCAACCCUGUUGGGGCUCAUGAGAGUGGUAGAAUUGGUGAAGAUCCGAAAGGUAUCCCAAACAAUCUAAUGCCAUACAUACAGCAAGUAGCUGUUGGCAGAUUGCCUGAGCUUAACGUAUAUGGUCAUGAUUAUCCCACAAAGGAUGGUACUGCGAUCCGCGACUACAUCCAUGUCAUGGACUUAGCAGAUGGUCACAUUGCUGCUCUUCAGAAGCUUUUCUCAACAGAAAAUAUAGGUUGCACGGCCUACAACUUGGGGACUGGAUGUGGAACAUCUGUCCUUGAAAUGGUUGCCGCAUUUGAGAAAGCUUCUCGCAAGAAAAUCCCCAUCAAACUAUCUCCAAGGAGGCCAGGAGAUGCUACAGCUGUUUAUGCUUCUACAGAUAAGGCUGAGAAAGAACUUGGUUGGAAGGCGAAAUAUGGAAUUGAGGAGAUGUGCAGGGACCAGUGGAAUUGGGCAAGCAACAAUCCAUGGGGGUACCAGUCCAAGCCUUGAAUGGCAUGCUUAAGCGCGUAAUAUACAGGUUGUACAAACCCUUGUAUCACAUUCUACCAAACUACGCCCCACAUUUUUUUUAGCUACCUGCCUUGCCAUCCCGACAAAUAAAAUGUAUAAACUUUUGUAGAUUUGAUCUAAUUCUGCCAUAGUCAGGAUGAAUUUGUUUGUAGCAACAGAUGAAUUUCAUAAAUGGUUUACUGCAAUUGAUACUGAAUGAUCUUUCAUCAA